AUGACUUCUCCAUUGGAGGAGCCACCUAUGAUGACUUCUCCGUUGGAGGAGCCACCUAUGAAGAUUGUCUAUCCAAUUUAUCUCGCAGAAAGAUGUGAGAGAGCGAACCUCGUGUUGAAUUGGGAAAAGUGCCACUUUAUGGUGGAAAGUGGAAUUGUUUUUGGGCACAAAAUUUCCCAUGCCGACAUUGAGGUAGAUAGAGCCAAGGUGGAGGUCAUUGAGAAUCUUCCUCCUCCCACCAAUGUGAGCGAAGUGAGAUCUUUUCUCGGCUAUGCCGGAUUCUAUCGGUGCUUUAUAAAAGAUUUUUCAUUGAUUGCUAAGCCUCUCACAUCCCUAUUUCAACAAGAGAAGGAGUUUGUGUUUGAUGAUGCUUGUUUAGAGUCCUUUUGUAGGUUGAAAGAAGCACUUUGCACCGCUCCUAUUGUCCAAAGUCCGGAUUGGUCUCUUCCAUUUGAACUCAUGUGCGAUGCAAUCGACGAGGCUAUUGAUCGGUUCUUGGGCAACGAAAGGAUGGGAAACUCCAUGUCAUACACUAUUUGUCUAAAACUCUCAAUGAUGCCCAACGAAACUACACAACCACCGAGAAGGAGAAAGAAGGAAGCUAAACCGAGGUUGUUGAAAUGGUUUUUAGUUCUCCAAGACUUUGAUUAUGAGAUGAGAGACAAGAAGGGAGCCAAGAAUGUGGUGGCGGAUCACCUUUCAAGGUUGGGCGAUGCAAGGUUUGAAGAUGAUGGUUUGCCAAUAGAGGAUGCUCUAAGGGAUGAUUUGCUAUAUGUCCAUGAGGUGAAGUCGGAACCAUGGUAUGCGGAUAUUGUGAAUUAUUUGGUUUGUAGUGUAGAACUUCCGGAUUUCACUUCACAACAACUUCGAAGACUUAAGCAUGAGGCCAAGAGAUACAUUUGGGAUGAUCCUAUUUUAUUGAAGAGAGGGGUUGAUGGUUUGUUAAGGAGAUGCGUCCCCAACGUCGAGGUUAAAAGUGUUCUCCAUAUGUGCCACUCUUCUCCUGUUGGUGGGCAUAUGAGUGCUCAAAAGACCGCCACAAAGGAUCCACAAUCUAUGCUCUUUUGGCCUUCUCUAUUCAACGAUGCUUGGAUUUUUGUUAUGACCUGUGAUAGAUGUCAACGGAUGGGGAAUAUUUCUAGGAGGGAUGAAAUGCCGCAAAACCCCAUCCUUGAGCUUGAAGUUUUUGAUGUGUGGGCUAUAGAUUUCAUAGGCCCUUUUAUUUCUUCACAUGGGAACAAGUAUAUUUUGGUUGCCGUUGACUAUGUCCUAAGUGGGCGGAGGCCGUGGCUUCCCCUACGAAUGAUUCUAAGGUAUAGAGUGUCUCAUAAGCGGGGGCUUGCUUACCACCCUCAAACGUGUGGUGAAGCGGAGAUCACCAAUAGGGAGCUCAAGGUGAUCUUGGAGAAGACGGUUGCUAGAACAAGGAAGGAUUGGUCUUCUAAGCUCAUCGACUCUUUGGGCGUAUAG